AUGGCUCAGGAGACGAUGCCCCAGACCAUCCCGACCCCUCACCGUGGCGGCCAUGUUCUCCACCUGCAAGCCCAGGAGACCCUGGGGACCGCUGACAUCCGCGCCUCCGUGAAGCGCCCCAGCACCGUAGAUGAGGACACGUGGAUCGCAUCGCAGAGCAAAGUAAUUUUCGAGGAAGCGGUGCGCGUCGUCAGCUUCAUCAGUGACAUUUGCACCGAUCGCACGUGCCCGUGCAUGUCUGCAGGUGAGAAGGUGCAUUAUCACUGGGCGGAUGAAACCACCGCGGUUCCUGAGCUCCUGCCCGCGCCGCAGUACAUGCGUCGCCUCGUCGAGUGGGCCGAUGCCAAGCUCCUGGAUCAGGACCUGCUUCCGCUGGACGGCUCCCCCAUGCCUCCAGAGCUGCGCCCUGUGCUGUCCCAGAUCCUCAGGCGCCUCUUCCGGGUCUAUGCGCACGCGUAUGUCCAUCACUUCCAGCUCAUCCACGACAGCGGCGCUGAGGCACAUCUCAACUGCAACUUCAAGCAUUUCCUCUUCUUUGUCUUGGAGCCUUUGCCCCAGGAUCCAGGAGGGUUCGGGCUUUGGACUCAGUGA